AUGGGUGGGGCGAUUGUCGCUAUUGCACGUCUGUUAGACUGGCAGAAUACGGCCGGCCCCUGCAUUUUCUGUGGCUUUGACGCCUGUACACCACAGAGCUCAGGCGGCCUCGAGAGGAUGAGGGUCUCGAUCUUCCGCACGGUGAAGCAGCCACUCACGCGGCUGCGACCAUCCGCGCCGUUAAGGGGCCCCGGAGGCGUGCAGGGGGGCCCCUUCUACAGGGCCCUUAGGGCACCUGUGGCAGCCAGCGGUUUGCUCUCCGGGGGCCUCCUGCAGGCAACGCUCGCGGGGCCAGUAGGAGCACCAGCGGACCGAGAGGCCCCCUGGACUGCCUUUGUAGGGCGUUACUUCGUAUCUGCAUCAGGAAGCUCGGAAGGGCUCCUGUCCGACGGCGCCAAGCACAGGACGCGCAACAUCGGCAUCAGUGCGCACAUAGACAGCGGCAAAACAACACUCACGGAGAGGAUCUUAUUUUAUACAGGGCGUAUUGCGGAAAUCCACGAGGUCAGAGGGUCCGAUGGCGUUGGGGCUAAAAUGGAUUCUAUGGAUCUCGAGCGAGAAAAGGGCAUAACGAUUCAAUCGGCCGCAAGUUACUGCACGUGGGAGCUGCAAGGGGGCCCCUCAGGAUGCCCAUACACCUUAAACCUCAUCGACACCCCAGGCCACGUGGAUUUUACCAUCGAGGUGGAGAGGGCCUUGAGAGUCUUAGACGGCGCCAUUUUGGUGGUUUGUGGGGUUGCAGGCAUCCAGAGCCAAACCCUCACAGUCGAUAGGCAAAUGAAGAGGUACGGUGUUCCGCGUUUGAUUUUCGUGAAUAAGUUAGACCGGGAUGGUGCAGACCCGUGGAGGGCCCUCGCCGGCAUUCGCAAGCAGCUUGGCGUUAAUGCGCAUCCAGUUCAAAUGCCGAUUGGCCUUGAGGGGAAGCACCGUGGUGUGAUAGACCUGGUGGCUCUCGAGGCGGUUACCUUUAAAGGAGAGAAGGGGGAAGAGGUGCAGCGGUCUUCAGAGAUUCCUGAGGGCAUGCUGGAAGAGGCAAAGGCAAGAAGAAGCGAGCUGGUGGAAGCCCUCGCCGAACUGGAUGAAGAGCUUGCUGACGCCUACAUACAACUCGAAGAUAAAGUGUCGCCCGAGCAAAUUCACAGCGCCAUUAGAAGAUGCACUCUCAACCACUCAUUCGUGCCGCUUCUCAUGGGUUCAGCAAAGGGCAACAAGGGGGUGCAGCCCCUUCUCGACGCCGUUUGCCGAUACCUCCCAGCCCCUCAGGACCGAAUUCAAGUGGCGAAAGACCUCGAGAAAGAUGAAGAGGAAGUGGCCCUCGUGUGCGACCCCAAGAAACCGCUUGUUGCUAUGGCGUUCAAAAUACAAGAGCUGCCCGUCGGGCAGCUUACGUAUCUGCGUCUGUACCAGGGGUCCCUCCGGCGCGGUGAUUCGCUACUGAAUCUUAGUUCCUCGAAGAAGCAACAGGUGAAGCGUCUGCUGCUUAUGCAUGCAGACGAGGCCAGAGAGGUGCAGCGCGCGGAAGCUGGGGACAUCAUUGCCGUUGGAGGCCUGCAAUGCCACUCAGGAGUGACCCUCACGGAUGGCAGGUGCCAGCUCGCCCUUAAUUCCAUGUACAUCGCAGAACCAGUGGUGUCUCUCGCCGUCAACGUACAGAAAAAGGAGGACCAACCCAAGUUUGCAAAGGCCUUAAAUCGCUUCCAGCGGGAAGAUCCUACUUUCAAGGUAUCAACCGACCCGGAGUCUAAGGAGACUCUGAUUGCUGGGAUGGGAGAGCUGCAUCUGCAAAUCUACUUGGAACGCAUGCAAAGGGAGUACCGAUUGCAGGUGGCUUCGGGGCAGCCUAAAGUGAAUUACAGGGAAACCCCAACCCAAAGGGCCAUCUUCGAUUACACUCACAAAAAGCAGAGCGGUGGCGCUGGUCAGUUUGGUAGAGUCAUUGGGUAUUUUGAGCCUAUCAAACAAGGAGAUGAAGUCGACGCUAGCGCCCCCAACAUCUUUGUCAAUGAGCUGGUGGGGAAUGACAUUCCUCCCAAUUUUAUCUCCUCCAUCGAGAGAGGGUUCUUAGAGGAGGCGCGGCGGGGCCCCCUGACGGGAGCCCCCAUGGUCAACACGCGCUUUGUAUUGCAAGGAGGGAAGGCCCACGACGUCGACUCGAGUGAUAUUGCCUUCCGGCUGGCUGCCGCGGGAGCCUUGAGGUCUUUUUACGACGAAGCGUUCCCGGUGGUGCUGGAGCCUUUGAUGUCUGUGGAGGUUUCGGUUCCGCGAGAGAUGCAGGCUGCUGGCUUGGCGCUUCUGAACAGGAGGCAGGGAAAUGUCUCUGACUGCUCUCUAGAGGGAGAGACGGUGGUCAUUUCAGCCGAGGUGCCGCUACGCUUUAUGUUUGGAUUCAUUUCGGACUUAAGGGCUCAGACUCAGGGGCAGGGGGAGUUCAGUAUGACCUUCAAGAGGUACCAGCCAAUGCAGCAGGGAGACCAGGAUGCUGUCGUCAAGCAGUUGCAGCGGGAAAGGCAGCAGAAGCGGAACAACUAG